CGCGCCCGCUCUCUCCCCCACGCACUCACCGCCGCGCGGCCAGGCCACCGGCCAGCCUCUCUCCCCCCUCUGCUGCUCCUCCGUUCGGCCCGGUUCUCUGUAAAUAUCCCCCCCUCCCGGCGGACCGGAGCCGGACCCGCGGACACCGGCCGGACGCGCUGUCGGAUCGCAGACUUUCCGCCGCUUUCUGUCCCGGGACCCGCCGUGAUUCACCGCCCCGCCUGCCUGGCUCCAAGGUCCGGGCCUCAACUUUCCCUCGGCUCGGCCCUCCGGCUUCCGGUCCCCUCGGACGGCCUCCGGUACCGGACGGUGACGUCACCCUGAGCGGAGCCGCUCCGGAUCCUCCGUUAGAUCCACGGAGACGCAGCCGGAGUGGGAAUAAAGUUUUAUUCUGAGGGGGACCCAGCAGCGCCCCCACCCUGCUGCCCCGCCUGGCUGCCCUGGUACCGACAGGCCCGGAGCAGAGCCAGGACCGGGACCGGAACCAGAACCGGUUCUGUUUAGUUCUUGGCUCGUUUGGUGGGUUUUCCUGAGCGAAGACAUGGCGUGGACCGUCUGAGCGGACCCACGCGCGGCGUCCACGAGACUGCGUGUUUCCUCCGGUCUGGUAGAGGAGGAGUGGGCGGAGCUAGAAGAUGGCGGGAGCAUCAGUGAAGGUGGCGGUGCGAGUCCGGCCGUUCAACUCCAGAGAGCUGGGACGCAACGCCAAGUGUGUGAUCCAGAUGCAGGGAAACAGCACCUGCAUCUCAAACCCCAAACAGCCCAACAAAGACGGAGCCAAGAACUUCACAUUCGACUACUCCUACUGGUCACACACAACGCCUGAUGACCAGAACUUUGCCUCUCAGAGGCAGGUCUACAAAGACAUCGGAGAGGAGAUGCUUCUGCACGCCUUUGAAGGAUACAACGUGUGCAUCUUUGCUUACGGUCAGACUGGAGCAGGAAAAAGCUACACCAUGAUGGGAAAGCAGGAGCCUGGACAGGAAGGGAUCAUCCCACAGCUGUGUGAGGACCUGUUCCAGAGGACGGCCGAGAACACGGACCCAGACCUGACCUACUCAGCGGAGGUGUCCUACAUGGAGAUCUACUGUGAGCGGGUCCGGGAUCUUUUAAACCCAACGUCGCAGGGCUCUCUCCGGGUGCGGGAGCAUCCCAUCCUGGGGCCCUACGUGGAGGAUCUGUCCAAACUGGCUGUGACCGGAUUCACAGACAUCCGGGAGCUGAUGGACGAAGGCAACAAAGCCCGGACGGUUGCUGCCACAAACAUGAAUGAGACCUCAUCCAGAUCGCACGCCGUCUUCACCAUCGUCUUCACCCAGAAACGGAGAGACCAGAUGACCAGCCUGGACACAGAGAAGGUCAGUAAGAUCAGUCUGGUGGACCUGGCUGGGAGCGAGCGUGCAGACUCUUCAGGGGCAAAGGGCACCCGCCUCAAGGAAGGAGCGAACAUCAACAAAUCUCUGACCACGUUGGGAAAAGUGAUAUCGGCGUUAGCUGAGAUGCAAAGCAACAAGAAGAGGAAAAGUGACUUUAUUCCCUACAGAGACUCAGUUCUCACCUGGCUGCUGAAGGAGAAUCUGGGAGGAAACUCUCGGACGGCCAUGAUCGCUGCUUUAAGUCCUGCUGACAUCAACUAUGAGGAGACCCUGAGCACUCUGAGGUACGCCGACCGGGCCAAACAGAUCCGCUGCAACGCCGUGAUCAACGAGGAUCCGAACGCCAAACUGAUCCGAGAGCUGAAGGCCGAGGUGGAUCGGCUGAGGAACCUGCUGUUCUCUCAGGGUCUGCAGGAGCUUCUCGACAACACUGUCAACAACAACAUCCUCCGGGGGGUCGCAGGUGUGGCCCCCGCCCCUCUGCCGCUGACCCCCACAGCCAAUGGCGUCGCGCCUAAAGAAGACUCCGCCCCCGCAGAUUUUCCCUCUGCAGAAGCUGAAGCCGCCCCUGCAGGAGACGCACCUGCUGACCCCGACCACAUGACCCAGAACGGAGAGGAGGCCGAGGAGGCAGCCGCUCCGGAAACCAUCAGCAAAGAGGAGGCGGCUGAGAGACUGAUGGAAACUGAGAAAAUCAUCGCUGAGCUGAACGAGACCUGGGAGGAGAAACUGAGGAGGACGGAGUCCAUCCGCCUGGAGAGAGAGUCGCUGCUGGCAGAGAUGGGCGUGUCCAUAAAGGAGGACGGAGGAACUCUGGGGGUUUUCUCUCCUAAAGGGACGCCUCACCUGGUCAACCUGAAUGAAGACCCUCUGAUGUCCGAGUGUCUCCUCUACUACAUCAAGGAAGGCGUCACCAGGGUGGGACAGCAGGACGUGGACAUCAAGCUCUCAGGUCAAUUCAUUAAAGAGAUCCACUGUGUCUUUGUCAGCGAGACCAACGAGCAGGGAGAAGUGGAGGUCACUCUGGAGCCGCUGGUGGGGGCUGAGACGUACGUGAACGGCAAGCAGAUCACCGAGGCCGUCAUUCUGAAACAAGGCAACCGCAUCGUGAUGGGGAAGAACCACGUGUUCAGGUUCAACCACCCGGAGCAGGCGAGGCUGGAGAGGGAGCGCAGCGCCACGGCCGAGCAGCAGGGGGAGCCGGAGGACUGGAACUACGCCCAGAAGGAGCUGCUGGAGAAGCAAGGCAUUGACAUCAAGCUGGAGAUGGAGAAGAGGCUGCAGGACGUGGAGAUUCAGUACCGUAAGGAGAAGGAGGAGGCCGACCUGCUGCUGGAGCAGCACCGACUGUACGCAGACAGCGACAGCGGAGACGACUCUGACAAACGCUCCUGUGAGGAGAGCUGGAGGCUGAUCUCCUCCCUGAGGGAGAAACUUCCUGCCAACAAGGUGCAGACCAUCGUGAAGCGCUGCGGCCUCCCCAGCAGCGGGAAGAGGAGGGAACCCCUGCGGGUCUACCAGAUCCCCCAGAGGAGGAGGAUCAGCAAGGACCCCAAACGGGUCACCAUGGAGGAUCUGAGGAUGCAGGCCGUCAAGGAGAUCUGCUACGAGGUGGCUCUGGGAGACUUCCGCCACUCCCGGCAGGAGAUCGAGGCGCUGUCCAUCGUCAAGAUGAAGGAGCUGUGCCGCAUGUACGCCAAGAAGGACCCCAACGAGAAGGAGAGCUGGAUGGCCGUGGCCCAGGACGUCUGCGACACCGUGGGCAUUGGGCAGGAGAGGAGCCCCCCGUCCGAGGAGGGAGGAGAAGGAGGAGGGGAAACCAGCGAGGGAGGGAAGAAGGGGAAGGUGUACGACCUGAAGGCUCACAUCGACAAGCUGACGGACAUCCUGGAGGAGGUGAAGCUGCAGAACAACAUGAAGGACGAGGAGAUCAGAGCUCUGAGGGACCGCAUGAUCAAGAUGGAGAGCAUCAUACCUGUUCAGGACGACGACAUGAACGGGGAGGGAGGCGAGUCGCCGCAGAGGGAGGGAGGAGGCGGCCCGGACGACACCAGCGACCCCCCGGAGGUGAGGGUGCAGCGGCUCAUGGAGGAGGACCCGGCGUUCAGGAGAGGGCGCCUCCGGUGGCUGAAGCAGGAACAGCAGCGCAUCCAGAACCUGCAGAAGCAGAACAUCACCAAGAAGCUGAGGGGGCAGAACCAGAACCCAGGUCCGAACACCCCCACCGUCCCCGUUCAUCUUCCCGGCACCGGCCGCUUCAUCCCUCCCCAGGAGUGCAAACUCAAGUUCCCCUUCAAGAGUAACCCCGCCCACCGGUUGUCAUGGGGACCCGCCAGCGAGGCCCUGCAGGCGCUGGGUCUGGGAGGCGAGGGGGGAGGCGGAGAAGAUGGCGGGGAGCAGGAGAACGGAGGAGGUUCCCUCACACCUCCGCCCCCCCAUCAGGGUCCGCCUCCCCCCCUGCUCCCCCUCCCCUUCCCCGUUACGCCCCCACCGCGCAUGCGCACCCCCAGCCCCCAUCGGGCAUGGCAGCAGCGUAACCAGGGCAACCAGGGUGGCUUCCCCCACAACCAGCCGGGUAACAACCAGAACUACCAGCGGCGCCAGCGCCGCAACUCCCUGGACAGCUCCGCCCACCACAACGACCAGCAGCACGGCGGCGGGAACAACGGCCACCAGGGGCGGCCGCGGCAGAGGCGGGGGGUGUCCCCCGGCGGGGGUGGCGAGAGGGGGGGCAGGGGCAGCGGGAGCAGAGACCGGGAAGGAAGCUUCUACUUUAAUCAGCGCCAGCACCAUCAGUUCCACCCCCACCCAUACUACAACACCCACAAUGCACCAUUCCAGCCUCACCCCAGCUACCACAGCCUGCCUCGCUCCGGACCCCCGCCCCUGCCCCCCGACAUGCUCAUGGUGGGCCCCCCACCGGCCGGGUGGGGCUUCACCACCCCGCCCCGCAUGAGACGGCAGUUCAGCGCCCCGGACCUGAAGAACAACAAGGAGAACGUCAUGUGACCGGCUGCGUCAUGUUACCGGCUGCGUCAUGUGACCGGCUGCGUCAUGUGACCUGCUAGAGGAUCCUCAUGCUGUAGAGAACAGACCGCCUGUCUGUGUGAGUGUGUGUGUCGGUGUGUGUGUGUGUUUCAGCACUUUUACAGAACCAAGUGGGACGUAAGGUCACGCACAUCCAGAGUCGUCUGUCCUGCUGCGUGCGUUUGGGUUUUAAAGAUCGCACACUUUAGGUUUUUAUCUUAUUCUCAGCCGUUGGUCGUCUCUCCAGCAGCAUCAAUGUUUCUGGAUCGCUCGUUUAGUUCGGUUCGUCCUGAUUGGCUGUUUGCCGGCUGGUGCCUUAAAGUCUGCAGGUGACGAUGGUUCAUACGUAAAGUUUCUGAACAGGCAGAAAAACCAGAAACUGCUUCUUACUCACUAAUAGGAUCUUAUGCCACGCAAUCCAGAAAGAGGUUUUUAUUCAUAUUCAGGUUGGUCCUGAUGUGCAAAAGCUCAUAACCUGAUCAGUGCUCCGCAGAACAGCUGCAACAUUUUGCAAUAAUUGUAAAUAACUUCACGCGCCGUCGUAGCUUCUCGUUAGCGGAGCUCAGUUUGAACCGUUCAGCUGAUAUUUCCCGUUUGGUCUGAACUCUGCAGAGCCGACAGCUCCAAACCAAAGAAUGCGCUCCGUGGCGCCUCCUGCAGGGCCCCAGAGGGUCUGCAGGCGUGUAGGAUGUGUUUGUUUUCUGCUAAAUGCUUUUAUCUGAGAGAUGAGCAUGUCGGGUGUUAAAGAGCUGUGUGUAUAUCUGAAGUUUAUCUGUUCUUGUUUUUGUUUUUUUUGUUUUUUAACGGAGAUGAAUUCUAAAAAAAAAAACCUGAAAUGUGUUGAAGGUGCGUUCAGUGUCACAGGCAAUCAUGGGACAGUGAGAGUAGACCGUCUCACCUGAUGGGAGACGCAGAGGAAUGUAGGAAUCCAGUGGAUGUAGGGUUUGUUGGAGGGAAUUCUGGGAGAUGUAGUAAGAUGUAGAUGGAGGUGGAGACGUGAUAAAUGUGUGUUACUGAGUUUAAAUCCUGCUGUUAGGAUCAGGUCCACUCAGAGCAAAGCAUGCUGGGAGAGGACGCCAGGAGCACCGAGCUGUUGGGUGACUUUAUGUGUUUUGAGGAAGUGGUCUGGCCAAUAGGAACGCGCCGACGAUGACAAACAGAAAACAAAGUCUUCUGGUAGGUCCAAAGAGCAUCUAGUUUCUGCCGUGGAAUCAACCAAUCACAGGACAAUCCUGAAACCCGCUUGUACCGCCGGGCCUGAUGGGAAACGUGGUUUUUCCUCUUUUCUUUGUGUUUUUUUUUCUAACAGUUUCUGUUGUAUUUCCAGUUUGAGCCUCUGAUUGGCUGUUAUACUUUGUGUAGUCAUUUGCCUUGUUUUUGUUCUCUGUAUUUUAGCCCCGCCCACACCCUCCGCCAUUGGGUAACGCUGUCGUCAUCUCUGGUGGUUAUGAUUAUCAUUAAUGAAGCUAUAAGUGUCAUUAAUACUUGGAUCUUUGGGUUGCUGCUCCGUCGCUGCCGUGUAUCUCCCUCUGUAUGUGUGGACGUGAUGGAGGUGUGUGAGUUUCUGGAUUCAUUUAGAGUCGUUUUUAUCGUAACUUUGUUUUUAUUUCUUUAUAAGGCCGAUUAUUAUUCCCUCUCUUUGGUUCUGUUGGUCGGGAGCGUUGGGACUGAUGGGGGGAACCAGAAUCCAGAACUUUCUAGAAUCCUCCUCAAUGACUGCCCCUCAGCCCACACCUCUGCACCAUUCACAUCCUCUGAAACCCGUGACGUCACAGAGGGGGCGUGUCCUUCAGGACUGAAGGAUGCAAACCUGAUAUAAACCCUGUUCUGUCGGCCCAGAGCCCCUCGGUGUUCCCUGUCUGCGUUGGGUGCUUGUCGUUGUAUCAGGAACAAUCUCAGGCUCUGCCCACAGACACCAUGAUGGCAAUAAACUGUCCAGAAUCAGAA